UGGAAGAAACGCUGGUUUAUACUGCGGAGCGGCAGGAUGAGUGGCGACCCAGAUGUGCUGGAAUACUACAAGAACGAGCACUCCAAGAAACCCCUGCGGAUCAUCAAUCUGAACUUCUGUGAGCAGGUGGAUGCGGGCCUGACCUUCAACAAGAAAGAGCUGCAGGAUAGUUUCGUGUUUGAUAUCAAGACCAGUGAACGCACUUUUUACCUGGUGGCUGAGACAGAGGCUGACAUGAAUAAGUGGGUCCAGAGCAUCUGCCAGAUCUGCGGCUUCAAUCAGGCUGAGGAGAGCACAGACUCCCUGAGAAACCUUUCUUCAGCCAGUCAUGGCCCCCGCUCUUCUCCAGCUGAGUUCAGCAGUUCCAGUCAGCACCUGCUCCGAGAACGGAAGUCCUCAGCUCCCUCACACUCUAGCCAGCCCACUUUAUUCACGUUUGAGCCCCCUGUGUCAAGCCACAUGCAGCCUGCCUUGUCCACCAGUGCACCUCAGGAGUAUCUCUACUUGCACCAGUGCAUAAGCCGAAGGACAGAAAAUGCAAGGAGUGCCAGCUUCUCUCAGGGCACCCGGCAGAAGAGCGACACAGCCGUGCAAAAGCUUGCCCAGGGCAAUGGACACUGUAUCAAUGGAGUCAGCGGCCAGGUCCAUGGCUUCUAUAGCCUUCCCAAGCCAAGCCGACACAAUACAGAAUUCAAGGACAGUACUUACGACCUCCCCCGGAGCCUGGCUUCCCACGGCCACACCAAGGGCAGCCUCACAGGGUCUGAGACCGAUACCGAGGAUGUGUACACCUUCAAGACACCCAGCAACACCCUGUGUCGGGAGUUUGGAGACCUUCUAGUGGACAAUAUGGAUGUUCCAACCACCCCUCUCUCGGCCUACCAGAUCCCUAGAACAUUCACACUGGACAAGAACCACAAUGCCAUGACAAUGGCCACUCCUGGAGACUCAGCCAUAGCUCCCCCACCCCGACCCCCCAAGCCAAGUCAGGCAGAAACACCUCGAUGGGGCAGCCCUCAGCAAAGACCUCCAAUCAGUGAAAAUAGCAGAUCUGUAGCUGCCACUAUCCCCAGGCGCAAUACCCUCCCUGCAAUGGACAAUAGCCGACUCCACCGAGCUUCUUCCUGUGAGACCUAUGAGUACCCAACACGAGGAGGUGGAGAGAGCGCCAGCUGGUGUGCCGAGUCUCCAGGAAAGUCUGUUGUGGGUCGAUCAGACAGUGCCAGCUCUGAUGACAACUAUGUGCCCAUGAACCCAGGUUCUUCUACCCUGCUGGCCAUGGAACGAGCAGGGGACAGUUCCCAGAGUGUCUACAUUCCCAUGAGCCCAGGGCCCCAUCACUUUGACCCACUUGGCUACCCAACCACAUCCCUUCCUCUUCAUAGAGGCCCCAGCCGAGGAAGUGAGAUCCAGCCACCCCCAGUCAACCGCAACCUCAAGCCUGACCGAAAAGCAAAGCCAACACCCCUUGACCUGAGAAACAAUGCUGUCAUCGAUGAGCUCCCCUUCAAGUCACCUGUCACCAAAUCGUGGUCCAGGGUCAACCACACCUUUAACUGCAGCUCCUCCCCGUACUGCCGUCCCAUCUCCACACAGAGCAUCACCAGCACAGACUCAGGAGACAGCGAGGAGAACUACGUCCCUAUGCAAAACCCAGUAUCUGCAUCACCUGUUCCCAGUGGCACUAACAGCCCAGCUCCAAAGAAGAGUACCGGCAGUGUGGAUUACCUAGCCCUGGACUUCCAGCCGGGCUCCCCAAGUCCUCACCGCAAGCCAUCCACGUCAUCUGUCACAUCGGACGAGAAGGUAGACUAUGUCCAAGUGGAUAAAGAGAAGACCCAGGCCCUGCAGAACACCAUGCAGGAGUGGACAGAUGUGCGGCAGUCCUCAGAACCUUCCAAGGGUGCCAAGCUGUGAUAAAGGGGGCCACCGAGCUCAAGGGCCACAAGGCAGCUGCUCAGAGCUGGCUCUUCUUUGUCACCUCCUUCUCCAUCCCUUUUCACACCUCCUCUCUUCUGUACCACUUUCAGCCUUUAAAGCACUCAACAUCAGGGACCCUGGCCCUUCCCCCUCAGAGGCAAGGGCCUGAUGGAGACACUUCCUCUACCACUUAGGGUCCACCUAUGACUUCUGUCAAUACUAGCUGUGCCUCCACCACCUUAGUUAGGGGCUGUUGCCACAAAAGCCUCCUGCUUUGGACCUAUUUGUCUGCUGCUUGGACUCUUGGAGGGAGGGCUGAGGCUCUGAGCUAGGCUCAUGCCUCAUGUCUGCUCACCGCUCUCUACCCUCUACCUCAGGGCUGCUUCUCCAUCCCCAGAGGAGGAUGAUAUCCCAGGGAGCCAAGGGCCAGCAGACCAAAAGUACACAUGGGCUUUCAUAUCCCUGCUAGUUUUGGCAAGGGAAAGGCAAGGUGCCACAGGAAGAGAUGGGUGAUGGUGGAAGUCAGAAGUUGCCUGAGUGAAGAAGAAAUUAGAUCCCCAGGCCCAGGAGGUUAGCUGGUAACCUGCAGGCGGACCCAAUAUUAGGCCAUGGUGCAGGACGGCUAUAGACUGGGAAAGGCAAAGAAUGAAGGACAGCCGAAAGGAAAACUAAUAAUGACAAGCAACAAAGAACAGGGCUUGGGGUGACAAGGCCUGGAUCUAGAGGACUCUGCCACUCUGUGACAGGCAGUCCUCUUUGCUGGCAGUGAUGGAGCGAUGAGGCAGAGUGGGGAAGACAGUAGGGGUGAUUUGGGGUAUGGGAGGCAAGGGGACCCUGGGACAGGAGUGUGCUAGGCACAGAGCAGUGCAGGGACACUGCGGCAGGGAUGGCACAGAAAGUUUCUAGUAGGUAGGAGGGUGCAGAGAAACUUAGGACUUGGGAGCCACGCAGGACAUGUAGCAAGGGGGGGAUGUGUGUCCAAAGGGCCUGAUGGAGAGCCCAAGGUCACAUGCAGGAGUGCAGCAGGGGCCAGAACACAAAGGAGCCAUACUUUGACCAAGGAAAUCUAGGGCCCACAUGAGGGGCCAGAGAGAAGCACCUCUGACCUCAUGCCAGGCCAAGUCUUUUUCUCAGCGUUUCUCUGUUGUCCUCAGCUGCAAGGCAUGGUAGAAAUUAACCCUCUCCUCCCAUGGCUUCAGAGGUCACCAGAGCAGAAGGGAUGGGAAUCAGAGAUCACCUAAGGCUCCUAAGAUAGGGCAGGGAGAUCUGAAUGUGUCUGUGUUGAAAGUUGAACAAAUUUUCAAGCAUUUCAGAAAGAAAAAACAAAACAGGGCAAACCAGCAUUUCAUUUUGUUCUACAUGAACAAGCUGUUUCCAAAACCUAGGACCUUUCUGCAAUUAGGGGUACACCUCACGUCUCUCCUCUAGAGAGCCCUAUCUAGAGUUCUUCAUGGUAGGCCCUCUUCUCACAUUAGGAUGGAUCAUUUAGUAAUGUUUGCCAAUCCCUGUGCUACAGAUGAUUCCUACCUUGUCCCUAACAGGAGGUCACAGACGGUGAGAAAAGCAAAAAAUAAAGACAUAGAAAGGGAAGGCACUAAGGGAGACUGAGCCACGGGGAAGGCAGGCAGCAAGGAGAGAGCAACAGGAGUUUUAUGCAGAAAAGGUAGGCAGGGCUGGUCCAUGGAGGAGACAGAGAUGAGGGAGGCCUCAGCUCUGGGAACAGAAGAUCUUUAAAGAUAUGAAGUCAGCCUUCAUACUGUCAAAAAAAUAAAUAAAUAAAUAAAUGGGGCUGUGGUCAGUUGCAUUGAGCAGGAUUAUAGGGCUCUACCCUAUAAUGGCUCUACCCAUCCUUACAGUGCCCUUUGAGGCCCUUCAGCAGGGUUCCUAUCUGGCUUUGGACCGGUACUUCUGGAGCUCAUAGCAGGUCCAGGUAACACUGGCCUCAGCAGUCACCCACAGACCCCAGCACAUGUGGGUCCACCAUGUUCUAGUGGACCAUGUGAGUACAACUGGCUGCCAUUUACCAAGUCUAGUCUCAAGGCCUCUGUCUUGCACUGGAUCCAACCUUGGAAAGCUGAGCUCUGGCUCACAAUUCCCAAACUGCUAGCCAUGUCUAAUAUACCCACCCUCCAAUCCCCAAAUAGGAAAAGCCAAUUCCAUUUAAAAAAAAAAAAAAAAAAAAAAAAAAACUUUUGGCCUACCCAUAGGUCAAAAUUCAUUCCCCUGGUGGCUGUCAAGGUCUGAGACCCAAGAACACUCACCAUCAGCUAGCAUAGCUCCCACAAGUACCUGUCUUGCAGGGACUCUAUCAGCUCCACUCUGCAAGGCUAAAGUUUAGUAGGAACAGUGAAGAAAGGAGAAGGCAUCUCCUCGAGACUUGCCGGGCUGCGGCAUGGGAUGGCUACAGCUGACACUCUGCAGUGGCCUGGGUGAUCCUUUGAAGGUCUGGGUCACUGGAGGGAGCGGGGGAAGCACACAGAACAUUAGCUGUUAACUGUCUCCCUCUCUAUCUGGAUUUUGCUGAUAGCUACAUUUGACUCCAUGAAAAAAGUCAGUCACAUUCCCAGAACAGAAGCACAACCGUUCUGAAGUUACUGGAACAUGGGCUCAGGUCCACCCUGUCUUUGGGUCCUUUUUCUGCCAGUGGCUAUAAUCCCAGCCAUGGCUCCCUCUCCUCCUUCAACAGAGCUUUGCAAGCUAUGAGGGAAGUAGCUUUCUUUUCACUUGGGCCUUUGGCUGGAAAGUGUGGGGAAGCAGGCUGCCCUUAGAGGGGCCAUCCUUCUGGGACUUGCCAUAUUUGGGGCCUGGGACCAGUAGGAACAGCCAGACUGCCAAGGGCGCCAGUGGUGAUUUGUGCCGUUCUGGUAUCUGCUGGUGUGUGUUAUGUAAUCUGUUGACUACUUGUGUCUUGAAACUUAGAAUCAUUUCACACAGGAUUGUCGCUACUUGUUGGGAAGAGAACAUGAAGUAGAAGCAGCCUAGUCUUAUAUCAUGUCUUGUUACCAUUUAAGAUUGACAUUUAAUUUUUCAA